GAGAAACACCAACUAGACAUAACAUGGACCCUCAGGACUGCAAAUGCGAAACAGGUGCUUCUUGCUCCUGUGGUACUACCUGCAGUUGCAGCAAUUGCAAGUGCACAUCAUGCAAGAAAAGCUGCUGUUCCUGCUGUCCAGCUGAAUGCAGCAAAUGCAGCCAGGGCUGCCACUGUGAAAAGGGAAGCAAGAAGUGCAGCUGCUGUAACUGAAGGGCUCUACGUCUGCAAUGGGACAUCUUUAUGGCACCUUCAUUUACUUACUCACAUGUGUUUUAGCAAUUGUUUUAUAACUGCAGUACUUUUAAAUGUAAUAAAAUGUUGCAUAGAUUCCAUUCUGGGGCUGUCUCCUCUCAAAGCAGACCCAGAGCAGUGGGCAGAGGACUAACUGUGAAAUUCACUUUGGGUGACAUUUGGGGUAAAUGAUUAAUUGUUGUCUUGGAGAUUCCAGGAACUGCUGCUAAAAUUUCUGCCAACAGCAGUAGAAACCGGCAAAUAUCAGUUUCUCAUUAUACAAAUCAAUGGCAUUGCUACAGAGAAAACAACCCUGUGGGGGGGAGGGGCAUACAGGUGACGCACACAAAAUCACAGGUCAUCCACGAUUUUAUGCACCAAGAUUUUUUUGCGCGCCCGCAAUUUCCCCUGGAGGUGGAAAUUCCAAAAUUCCAAAAUGUUUGCUUUGAUACCUCUAUAUUUCUUUGUUAAGCUUGUUGCAAUAAAAAAAAAAUGAUUUAAGAUUC